UGGUGCUGGUUCCACUGCUACUGCUAAUGCUGCUGCUGGUUUUGCUGGUGGUAGUAGCAGUGUGGGAGCAGCGAGGGCUGUGUAUCCGGCAUUGCGGAGAGAUGGAGGGGAGGCGAGUGCGUUGCACCUGGCACAUGCAUGCAUGGACGGCUCUUCAUGGCACUUCUACCAAAGCUACCUCGCAUCUGUGUCCUCCCUCAUUCCCGGCAACACUCUGUCUUCUGGGGGUAAUGAGGGCGCACACGCACACAGGCAGGGAGGCAUGCAGGGAGCUUGGCCUCUGGAGCUGCAG